ACCGGCUACUUCCGGCAGCGGCAGAACCACUUCCGGCGCGCUGCGCCCUCGGCGGAAAAGCGGGCGCGGGAGGAGGCAGCGGCGGCGACAGGGCUCCGGUCGCGCCAUGGGCAAGAAGCACAAGAAGCACAAGGCCGAAUGGCGUUCGUCCUACGACGACUACCCAGACAAGCCGCUGGAGAAGCCGCUGAAGCUGGUGCUGAAGGUCGGGGGCAGUGAGGUGACGGAGCUGUCGGGUUCGGGCCAUGAUUCCAGCUACUAUGACGACCGCUCGGACCACGAGCGCGAGCGACACCGGGAGAAGAAGAAGAAGAAGAAGAAGAAGGCGGAGAAGGAGAAGCACCUGGACGACGAGGAGCGGAGGAAGCGCAAGGAGGAGCGCAAGCGCAAGCGCGAGAAGGAACACGGCGACUCAGAGGCCGAGGCCGACGUGUUCGAGCCGGGCAAGAAGGUGGAGGUGGAGCCGCCCCCAGACCGCCCCAUCAGAGCCUGCCGCACACAGCCAGCCGAGAACGAGACCUCGCCGAUUCAGCGCCUGCUGGAGCACUUCCUCCGCCAGCUGCAGAGGAAAGAUCCUCAUGGGUUUUUUGCUUUUCCUGUCACGGACGCCAUUGCUCCCGGAUACUCGAUGAUAAUAAAGCAUCCGAUGGAUUUUGGCACCAUGAAAGACAAGAUCGUUGCGAACGAAUACAAGUCGGUCACGGAGUUUAAGGCCGACUUCAAGCUGAUGUGUGACAACGCCAUGACCUACAACAGGCCCGACACCGUGUACUACAAGCUAGCCAAGAAGAUACUGCACGCUGGCUUCAAGAUGAUGAGCAGAGAGCGGCUGUUAGCUCUGAAGCGCAGCAUGUCGUUCAUGCAGGCCAUGGAUUUCUCUCAGCAGGCAGCACUUCUGGGCAGCGAGGACACGGCUGUGGAGGAGCCUGUGCCCGAAGUUGUCCCCGUGCAAGUAGAAGCUGCCAAGAAGUCCAAAAGGCCGAGUAGAGAAGUGACCAGCUCCAUAUUCGAGCCUGAGGGGAGUGCCUGUAGCCUGACGGACAGCACCGCUGAGGAGCACGUGCUGGCCCUGGCCGAGCACGCAGCCGACGAGGCUCGAGACAGGGUCCACCGCUUCCUCCCGGGCGGCAAGAUGGGCUACCUGAGGCGCAGCGGUGACGGCAGCCUGGUCUAUAGCGUGGUCAACGCCGCCCAGCCCGAUGCCGACGAGGAGGAGACCCACCCUGUGGACCUGAGCUCACUGUCCAGCAAGUUGCUGCCCGGCUUCACCACCCUGGGCUUCAAGGAUGAGCGGCGCAGCAAAGUCACCUUCCUGUCGAGUACUAGCACGGCGCUCUCCAUGCACAACAACUCCGUGUUUGGAGACCUCAAGUCAGAAGAGACAGAGCUGCUCUACUCGGCCUAUGGGGACGAGACAGGCGUGCAGUGUGCGCUAAGCCUGCAGGAGUUCGUGAAGGACGCUGGGAGCUACAGCAAGAAGCUAGUGGACGAUCUCCUGGACCAGAUCACGGGCGGGGACCACUCACGAGUGCUCUUCCAGCUGCGACAGAGGAGAAGCAUCCCGGUGAAGCCUCCUGAUGAAGCCAAGCCUGGCGACACCCUAGCCGACGGUGGCUCCGUGCUGGACUUCGUGUCAGUGAAGCCAUACUCCGACGUCUCCCUGGACAUGGCCGUGCUCGGCACCUUAGGGAAAGUGAAGAAGGAGCUGGAGCCAGAGGACGGGCCGCUGCCGCUGGAUGAGACGGCCAAGCUGCUUCAGGAGCUGCAGGAGGCACAGGCGGAGCGCGGGGGCUCACGGCCCUCGUCCAACGUCAGCUCCCUGUCCAACGCCUCUGAGCGCGAGCACCACACGCUGGGGAGCCCUUCCCACCUCAGCGUCGGGGAGCAGCCGGAGGUGCCCCACGACCCGUACGAGUUCCUCCAGUCUCCGGAGCCCGCCGCCCCCACCAAGAGCUGACGGCGUGGCCGGGCGCCUGUUCUGUGAGUCACGUGCAGCCCCGUCGCCGGCAGGCUCCGUGUGUCCGUGGCUGGAGUGCCGGUGCAGCCCGGGGUGCAGGCGCAGCCCAUUGGUGCAGGCCUGGGCUGGAGCGCCGGGCUGGCAGUGGGCACAGCUGCCCAUCG